AUGGAUCAGCGAGCUUCGUCGCAAUACUAUGAUCCCAAUUUGUCAAAACGAAAUGGAACCGACCACUCGAAGAAUUCUCCUCAUCCAAUUUAUACAAACAUUCAUCGACUGACAAAAACAACUCGACAUAUAAUAAUACACGAAAAUUUUCAACUUUACCUUCAGAUUCAAAACUAUCCGUAUUUUUCGGUACAUCAUUUUCAGCGUCUACAAACUUUACGAAACCUGAUCCUUCUAUUUAUAAAUCUUAUCCGAAUUGCAGCUUUUCUCUCUCAAACAAUGAUUCAACUUCCUAUAGAGUAUCUUUAUCCUGGUGGACACUUCUUCCCAAAAACAUGCCGAUCCAAGCAACGUUUAGCGGUGAUCAUAUGUUACAGAAAUCGUGAAGCACAUUUGAAACUAUUUCUUAAUCAUAUACACGCUUUUCUUCAGCAGCAACAGCUUGAUUAUACAAUAUUUGUUGUUAACCAGCAUGGACAAGAACAAUUUAAUCGAGCUGCUCUAUUCGAUGUCGGUUUCCUUGAAGCAAUAAAAUUAUAUUCAUUCGAUUGUUUCAUUUUUCACGAUGUUGAUCUUUUACCCGAAGAUUUACGUAAUGUUUACAAAUGUGGAAAGCAACCAAAACAUAUGUCAGUCGCUGUUGACACGUUCAAGUACAAAUUACCCUAUCCGACUCUGUUUGGUGGUGUAACUGCAAUCAGUUUAACGGAUUUUAUCGAUGCAAAUGGUUAUGCCACUAUUUACUGGGGUUGGGGUGGUGAAGAUGAUGAUAUGUAUCAGCGUGUAAAUCGAACACUGCGUAAAUCAAUUGCACGCUAUCCGACGGUUAUUGCGCGUUAUCAAAUGAUUUGCUCACAUAACCAUGUCUCUGCUGAAGCUAAUCCCAGUAGGGAUAUUAUUCUACGUUCAAAUUAUGAUCACAAGAAGGAUGGACUGAAUUCGAUAAAAUAUGUCCUACACAAAUUAACUUUUUAUAGAUUAUUUACAUUGAUAAACGUGACACUAACUGAAGAAUCAUUGAAUGAGAUUAGCAAACGUAUGAAUAUUAAAUUUCCGAAAAAAACAACAACUAUGAAAAUGCGAGUGUUACCAAGAAAAAGCGCAUAA